UUCUUUUGUCUUUUGUCAGAAUAAAAAAAACCCUAUUUUAUGACACAAACAAUAUAGCUGUUACUAUAAAUAUCGGUCAAUGGCGUACGUCUGACUUUAUCUCUAACUAUCGGCUUGUUAGCCCUAGCCCUAGCCCUAGCCCUAGCCCUAGUCUUAACCUAAGCCAUAACCAAACCGAAACCCUAGCCCAAAUUGAAACCCAAUCCCAAACACUAAUCUUAAAACCCUUAAUUAAGCCUAAUUCUCUAUCAUUUUUAUAGUGGUCGCUGGAUACGGAAUUUCUCCCGCUCAGGCAAUCUAAGAUAGGGAUCUAAGGUCUUGGGAUAACAAAAUGGCCGGCGAUAGAGGUAAGAAGUUCAAAGCCAAGGCAAGGAGGCGACACUGGAGCCUUAACCGAGCAGAGACAAACGGCACGAACGGAGAGGAAGAGGGCGCAGGGGCAGGGCCCAACGGGAUAAACACUCCGAGAGAAGAAGGACCAAGUGAGGGCUCCUUGAGUAAUCAGCCUGAAGCAGGUCUCGUGCUACUAGGGAAGACAACGAACCACAAGUUUGUACACAUGAACGGCCAGCCGGGCAUCCCGAGGUGGUGGUAUGGGGAGUUUCAAUUGUCCCACCCAGACGCCAUGAUGUCUUACCUUGCUAU